CAGCACCCCGGUUUCCCGGCGCGCGCCCGCUGGAUUCCGGCGCCUUGCCGGCGGCGGCGGCGAUCCCGGGCGCGGGUGGCCCUGGGGAGGCCGUGGUGAUUGGAAUUCGCCCAUCCUAGGAAAUCUCUGCGCUGGCCGGGUGGCAGGGAACAACAAAGCAUUUCAACUUCAAAGAAUUUUAAGCUAAAAUUUUUUCACUGUGCCAGAAAAGUUAGGGGCCCAAUGUUCUCCUUCCCUCUCCUCUGAGAGGAAGAAAGAAAAUGGCAUAAAUUUAAGUUAGUUUUCAGGAUGAAUGAUGAGAAUUCAGAUGAGAAGACAGAAGAUGAAUCGCCCACUUUAUUUAUUGGGAAAAGGAAUGGAAAUAUGUAUGCAUGCAACCAAAAACCACCUUAUCCACAAAGCUGCUCAUCUGGUCAUGUGAGCUGGCAUUCUGCAAAUCUAGAUGACAUGGUGGUGGAUUAUGAAAUGGAUCCUGCUGUGGACAAUGAUGGAAGUGCUUUUUUAAAUCAUCAACGUGUUGAAGUACUCAUUCACCAAAAGGAUUCAAGUGACUUGACUAGUGAGCAAGCGAUAGAAACAUGUAAACAUCCUACAUGUCAGUCUUCUGCACUAGUCACUACAGAGAAGCCAGAACACCUGCAGAGUAAUGGUCCCCAGGAAGCUGCUCUUGUUGAUACUUCUCUGCCUUUUGUGUGGACACGCAAUGAUGAUCUGAAGCGUGCUGACUAUUCUGUUGCCUUGGAGCAAAAUCAAACGUUCAGCAUCGCAGUGGAAGAUACACAUUUCCCCGGUACAAGUCAUCCUGUCAUUGAAAAGGGGCAGCUUUUCCCUGACCUUAGGAGUCUACAACAUACCAGCAUGAGAAGCAGAAGUACAUCUUUAUCCUGCUCCACAUGGCCAUCAGCCCAUUCUGUGGCAACGAAUGCACAAGAAAUUAAUUGUAGUGAAGAGAGCUUUGAAAAUCCUCAGGUCACAUCAUCAGAGGCCCCAAACACAACUUACACGGUGUUUUCUGAUGUUGUGAUGCAAGCCGAUGUUCCAGAUGUUGAAAAUCAGGGUCAGUAUUCUUCAGGAAAGGUCUCCAGUGAGCACACAGAUAGGUUACAGCAAAGACUUGUUGCAGAAAAAGAGAUACAAGCCCUAAUAACAGUUUCUGAUGGCGUGGCCAUCCCCAAUGGGUCUGUAUUACAAGAGUUCUAUUGUUUAUCUAAAGAUGAACCAAAUAGUGAGACACAUUCACAAGGCUCAUAUGGUCAAAAGGAAAGGGGUCAGAAUCUAAGAGAAACAGUGUCCAAUUGUCUUAUUGACGAUGAGUGUCCCUUACUAGUGCCAACUUUCGAUAAAGGUAAAGCCCAAGUUCUGGACUUAGAGCAGAACGUUGUCGUAGCUGAAGAUCCACAAAUGACUCCCAAUGCAAAGACUUUGGGAACUCCUGUACAACUGACACUAAGUAGCUCCCCAGGACAAAAGGAGAUUUCUUCACUUGAAAUGACAUGGGAUGGAAAUGAUACUUGCACAAAAACCAAACUGUGUAUAUCAAUGCCAGUCUUGCAAACUCCAAAUGCAAGCUUUGCUUUUUCUCCUGUUGAGGUGACGGAGGCCUGUAAAGAGGUGAAGAGUAAUCAAGAACCUAAAAAUGUGCCCAACUUGAAGGGAAUGCCUGUGAACACAGCAAAGCCAAAUCUAGGUAAAUCGGCAGCUAAGACCAACAGCCUUAAUGGUAGCAAAGUACGAAAAACUGAAAUCAUAAGUUACCCUACACCAAAUUUCAAGAAUGUCAAAGCAAAAGUUAUAUCUAGACCGGCAUUGCCAUCCAAAAGCCCUGCUCAAUUGAAGGUGACAACAAAACCUCAACUGCCCAGUGCCUCAUUGCCUUCCUCAGGAUCUUCCUCCAAACAGUUGACGGUGUUGAGCAAAAUACCCAGGCCUCUCCUUACCGCAGACAAAAAAGCAGAAAUCCUAAUUAACAAGACGCAUAAACAGCAGUUUAAUAAACUCAUUACCAGCCAGACUGUGCAUGUUACAACGCAUUCUAAAAAUGCCUCCCACCGUGUUCCAAGAACAACAACUGCCAUGAAACCGAACCAGGAAGAUGUUGGCCAAGCAGGUUCUUGUCAUUCAGGGUGUGAGCCGAGCUCUGCCACUGCCUUCUUUCAGAAGAUCAAAGGCAUUCUCCCUGUUAAAAUGAAAAAUGCAGAAUGUUUGGAAACAACCUAUGUUACCAAUGUCAAUCGGAUUAGCCCCGAAAAGGAGGGUGAAAAUGACAAUGGCACAUCUAUGGAAAAGCAGGAGCUGCAGAAGGAAACCAUAAACUCAACUUUUGAAUAUGGUUCUCUGUUUUUGGAUUCUGCUCCCCAAACCACCACCACAUCAGGUAGGAAUCUGUCCAAGCCCGACGCCUGCAGUUUGAGGAAAAUACUGGGCACGAAAACAAAAGUGGGGCCUACUGUUUCCUGUUUGAGGUGGAAGAACGACAGCAAAAACCUCAGUUCUGAUCGAGCCUUAUCUCCCCAGAGGAUCAGGCGGGUGUCCAGCUCUGGAAAGCCCACUUCUUUGAUAACUGCACAGCCAUCCUGGGUGAAUUUGCCUAGACCACUUCCUAAGUCCAAAGCAUCUUUGAAAAGUUCUUCACUACGGAGGUCAGGAAGCACCCCUUCUGUUGCCAGCACCCGCAGUGAUCUGAGCACCUACAGCAAUCAUUCUGGUAAUGCUGCUGUCCUCAAGUAUGAGGAGAAACCUCCAAAAGCAACAUUUCAGAAUGGCUCCGGAUCCUUACAUCUGAAGCCAUCUGUACCCAGAGCUCACGUACACUUGCUGAAAACCUCUCCAAAAGGUCCUUCAAGAAAAAGUCUAUUUACAGCCUUUAAUGCAGUUGAAAAGGGUAGGCAGAAGCAUCCCAGAAGUCUAUGCAUCCAGACCCAGACAUCUCCAGAUGUGUUUUCCUCUGAGAAAACACUCAAAUUGGCUCAGUAUAAGACGAAAUGUGAAAAACAAAGCGGAUUUAUCCUGCAGCUCAAGCAACUUCUUUCUUGUGGGAACACCAAGUUUGAAGCCCUCACCGUGGUGAUCCAGCACCUCCUAGCUGAGCGUGAGGAAGCACUGAAGCAACACAAAACCCUAUCUCAAGAACUUGUUAACCUCCGUGGAGAGCUAGUUGCUGCUUCAAACACUUGUGAGAAGUUAGAAAUAGCCCGGAAUGAGCUGCAAACUGCCUAUGAAGGAUUUGUCCAGAAGCUAAACCAGCAGCACCAGACUGACCGAACAGAGCUGGAGAAUAGACUGAAGGAAUUUUACACUGGGGAGUGUGAGAAACUUCAGAGCAUCUACAUUGAGGAAGCGGAGAAGUACAAAACCCAACUGCAAGAGCAGUUUGACAACCUAAAUGCCGCCCAUGAGACCUCUAAGUUGGAAAUCGAAGCUAGCCACUCGGAGAAAAUAGAAUUGCUAAAGAAGGCCUAUGAAACCUCCCUUUCAGAAAUCAAGAAAAGCCAUGAAGUGGAAAAGAAAUCACUUGAGGACUUGCUUUAUGAGAAGCAGGAAUUGCUAGAGAAACAAAUCAAUGAUCUGAAGACUGAAAAUGAUGCUCUAAAUGAAAAGUUGAAAUCAGAAGAGCAAAAAAGAAUAUCAAGAGAGAAGGCAAAUUUAAAGAACCCUCAGAUUAUGUAUCUGGAGCAAGAACUGGAAAGCCUGAAAGCUGUGUUAGAGAUCAAGAAUGAGAAACUUCAUGAACAGGACAUCAAGUUAAUGAAGAUGGAGAAGCUGGUGGACAAUAACACAGCAUUGGUGGACAAGCUGAAGCGAUUCCAGCAGGAGAAUGAGGAAUUAAAAGCACGCAUGGACAAGCACAUGGCCAUUUCAAGGCAGCUCUCCACAGAGCAGGCUGUGCUGCAGGAGUCCCUGGAGAAGGAAUCGAAAGUCAACAAGCGACUCUCCAUGGAGAACGAGGAGCUUCUCUGGAAGCUGCACAAUGGGGACCUCUGCAGCCCCACGAGAUCCCCCGCGUCCUCAGCGGUUCCUUUCCAGCCACCCAGGAGUUCUGGCUCCUUCCCCAGCCCUAGUGUCUCACCCAGAUGACGCUUUCCUCAAGCUAAGACUCCAAAGGCAUCCGGAUGCAGGUCUGCAGGACUGACCCUCCUAAGGACCAUGGGAGCAAGAGCUAUAUUAGCUCUCCUGGAAUUUCUGCAGGACAACUGGAAAACAACUACCCUAUGGGCUACUUUUGGGAUAUGAACUCUGGGGGGUGACUUUUGAUGUGGUCCAAAAGUCAUCCCCCACCCCCCAAUAGAUUUUGGAAUUGGCGUGGACAUUGUUGCACAGAGCACUUAGGAAUGAGAGAAUCUUGUUUGUUGCCUUUUUCACCUAAGCAUAAGGGGAAAAACUCUCAGGGGCCUAUUAAGAUUAAGAUUUAUAACCUUUAUAACGUUCUUCACCACAGACACCUUUUCGUGAUUUUUAUUUCUGUUUGACUGGAGGGGGGCAGGGUAUGAAUGAAAUGGAUGUAAAAGUGUCACAUGUCUGAUGCAGCCUUCUUUGCUGAGUAUUAAAAGUCAACAGCUCAAUAUCAAUGGGUACAUGCUAAUCAAGUCCUAGUGUACACAUUUCAACAUAAGCCAUAGAAGAAGCAAUAGUUGCUUGAAUUAUAUUUACUACCAACUCUGCUCGGCCUGGAUAUGGUGAGUAGAAGGUGCGAAAGAAAAAGGGUUUUUGACUCUUCAAUGUCUGUCCAUUUCUCUCUUUGGAGUAAUUGUUAGCAAGUUUUCAAUGUUCAGCUCUGUCAGUUGAAAUUAGGUAUUUUUUUUCAUGUGACUAUAAUACUAUAUACUAUGAUCCAUUUUCUCAGGCUAUGGACAAAUGUA